GGCAGGUUUCGCGAUCAGUUGUUUUUUCGCGGUUUUCAUUCGCGGAUCGGUUGGUAGGAAAAAAGGACAAGCAAAAGAGUGAUGUAGUACUGUGUAGUACUGUGAAAAAAAAUUGAAGACGUUUAAUCGUAAUAGUGUAUUUAAAAUGUGAAACUUAAUAUUUGAUUACAAUUGAAAAAAGUGCGUGUUUAAUAGUUGUUUCAAAGUUUUUCUAUCAACAAGAAUUCAAUAGUUCGCGGUAGAAAGAAGCUUCUCAAGAGAACGAUGUCGUAGAUAUCAGCUGUUUCCAGUGUGGUCAAAACAGAAAAAAGAAGAUAAAACAUUAACUUCGCCCGUAAUCUGCUGAAAUCCGGUAAGGUUACGGUGGCGUGUGAACUGCUUAUUAAACAAAUCGUUUGUGAUUGAACCUACUACGAAGGAAGAAGGCAUAUCAUUGUACUGGCUAGUGGAGAGAGAAAAAACAAACUCAUCAUGACCAGUUCCAGCCGUGUAACGGCGGCGGCACUUAUUUACGUGAUACACUUGACUGCGGUACUCGCCCUCGCACCACCUUCACCCGGCCAGCAGCAGAAGAAAUGUGGUCUGUACGGGCAGGCACCGUGUACGUUUGUUCCGGCUCCACCUGGGAUAACGCCCAAAUGUGCCUCGCCGGGGAAGACCUACUGCGAGCACAAUGACGAUUACCCGACGUUUUUAAUUCAGCAGUUGGUAGACCGAUUAGGCUUCAAACGAAUUUUGGCCAGCGAAGAACGUGUGCAAUUCAACGUUAACCGACAAGGAACGCAAGGUCAUUAUUUUUACGGUCCCGAGAUGCAAAACGUGGCUUAUGGGCUACUUUUGAACAGCAAACCUAUUCCGCUCGAUGGUUACAUCUAUGAUCCUCCCAAACAGCAACAGCAUAGCCAAAACUCCAUAACCAUUGCGUAUAUUCAGAAAGCACCGUCCUCUUCUCCGGUGCCGCAGCCGAUUUACAUCCCAAAACCGCAGCAAUCGUUUAAUUUCAACAGUUAUGUGCGACCUCAGGUGGUCCAUGAAGUGCAAACGACAAGCACAGUGCAGGGUUAUGUCUACCCUCGACCGGUCACCCAGUACAGCCCUGCAGAAUGGUUGAAACGAUUCGCACGUGAUCUCAGCGAAAAGCGAACAUCGACUAAAAUUUCCACCGUUCACAAAUCGCCAAACCCGAAUGAUUUAAUCCCGACUCCAUUCCGUUUGCCCCCGGAACUGGAGAUUAGACCGUCACCUUUUCGACCAGCCGCGGCGGUGUUUGGGUUACUGAUGAACGAUACAGCCUACCAUGACAGUUUGGUUCGAUCGCGCCAGAAGCGGCAAAUCAGCGACGGACGGACGCAACUCUGCCAGACACGGGAAAUGUUCGUUACACCUCAAGCGGCGCUGAACACGAAAGGUAACUGGAUGUACGUUGUCAAUCAUGAAGACUCGCGACAGCUGGUCAAGGCCGAAAUUUGCUCGUCAAAGGAAUGCUCCAAUCUGUGCAACCUGCCAAACGGGUAUAACUCCAGGUGCGAACAAAAGUUCUCGCAGAAGCGGUUAUUGACCCUGGACAGUGAUGGGCAGAGUUUAUACGUCGACACGUACUGGUUCCCGAGCUGUUGCGUAUGCACUCUAGCAACAAACAACUGAAGCGUCCAGGGAUCCAGAGAUUUACUAUCACCCCACACAGGAAUCGCCCUGGAGGUUAAUGAACUGCCUGAAUGUUUAAAGCAGUAAAAACUUAUUUAUUAAGACCUCUCUCCGUUCAGAUAACGUUAAGUUAGCAAGUAAUCAGCGCAAUUGUGAUUCAUAGUGGUAAUUUUUUUUAUUUUCAUUAUUUUAUAGGCUUAGCAAAAAUUUAAGAACAAUUUGCUCAAACCAUGAAGCUUUUCACUACCAUUUUAAAAAUGAGCAUCUUAGAUAAUAUCUUUUUUUUUUUUGAGAAAAUAAACCAAGGAACGAGUCGAUGCGUUUGAUUUCGAACCCAUUAACAAUCCUAUAAUAUUAUGUUCAUAUUUUUAUUAAUGUACUAUUGAUAUAUUUAUUUCAGGGAUAGAAAAUUCGUGUAAAGUUUAUAUUCAAUCUUGAAAUAUCCUGAAAAAUUGUACCUUCACACUUGAUUAUCGUUUUGAGGUAUUUUAAGCAUAUUUGAACAAUGCUUCAUACCUUACGCUGCUUAAAAAGCACCCAGAAUGCGAUUCUACACUAACCUAAAAUAAAUUGCUAGCAUAGCGUACUGACACAACACAUUCCCCGCAACGAGAAACAAAUUUGAACCUAUAAAAAACUACAUUCAUAUUGCCGUUUUUCGGUAAAUACAAUUAUUGUAUCAAGAAAGUAUAUUCUGCAUUAAAAAGAUUAUUGUCAGUUUCGUGUACAUCCUUUUGACAGUUGUUUGGUUAGCCAAUAAGUUAGCAAUUUAGUUAGUUGUAAGUUCACUUCCCUUUUUUGACAAG